GCUCUGGCCUCAGUAUCGGAGGCGGAGCUGCUCUCUCUCUCUUUCCUCUCGGUCAGGCUUUUUGCUCUCCGUUUUACUCGCGCUUUUCGUCCCGGUCGGAAUUCAGGCGAAGUGCAGGACACACAAACCGGCCUGUGGAGUGAAGUCCGACUUUGGAGCAGAACGUGUUCCGUUUUUUUGUGAAAACGACUCCUGAAAGGUUGUAAGAUUUGGACUAGGCUUGAGGCAGGGAGGCUAAAAUGGCAAUGCAAAUGGGUGAGCGUGAAGGUGUUGUGAAGGUUACAGAGUGGCAGAAGACUUAUUAUGCAGGAGAUUCAGGCAUCCAAUCAGGAGCCACUACGGUGCGCUCAGAUGAUGAUGGUACAGAAUACAGCACCAAGAAAUACACCUUCACCACCACAGUUGCAGAGAACCCUGCAGAUCUGGAGUCUCAGUACACUAUGACCCGUGCCCAGCGUGUUAGGGCAGCCAUGUUUCCUGAAACGAUGGAAGGGAAGACCAUUUUGUCCACACAGUUGGACUCCUCCCAACAAACCAAUGUGCAGAGGCUGGCCGAGCCUUCACAGCUGCUCAAGACCGCCAUCAUCCAUCUCAUCAACUACCAGGAUGAUGCUGAGCUGGCCACCCGUGCUGUGCCUGAGCUUACCAAGCUGCUGAACGAUGAUGACCAGGUGGUGGUGAACAAGGCAGCACAGAUUGUAAACCAGCUAACACGGAAGGAGGCGUCACGGCGAGCUCUGAUGCAGUCACCACAGAUGGUGGCUGCUGUGGUGAGGGCCAUGCAGAACACAAGCGACAUGGAAACAGCCCGUGCCACAGCCAGCAUCCUGCACAACCUCUCACACCAGCGUGAGGGUCUGCUGGCCAUCUUCAAAUCGGGUGGGAUUCCUGCACUGGUGCGAAUGCUGAGCUCUCCAAUGGAGUCUGUGCUGUUCUAUGCUAUCACCACCCUGCACAACCUGCUUCUGCACCAGGAGGGUGCCAAGAUGGCUGUCCGUCUGGCCGAUGGCCUGCAGAGGAUGGUCCCACUGCUGAAGAAGAGCAACCCCAAGUUCCUGGCCAUUACCACAGACUGCCUUCAGCUUCUCUCGUAUGGCAACCAAGAGAGCAAGUUGAUAAUCCUGGCUAACGGGGGUCCUGAGGGUCUGGUGCAGAUCAUGAGGAACUACAACUACGAGAAGUUGCUGUGGACCACCAGCCGCGUGCUCAAAGUGCUCUCUGUGUGUCCUAGCAACAAGCCUGCCAUAGUGGAGGCUGGUGGAAUGCAGGCUCUGGGAAAGCACGUGACUGGCUCUAGCCAGCGCCUGUCACAGAACUGUCUGUGGACUCUGAGGAACCUGUCUGAUGCUGCCACCAAACAGGAUGGGCUGGAUGGGCUGCUGCAGGUCCUGAUUGGUCUCCUCUCCACAGACGAUGUGAACAUGCUCGCCUGCGUCACGGGCAUACUGUCUAAUCUGACAUGCAACAAUGCUCGCAAUAAGACUCACGUGACACAGAACAAUGGAGUGGAGGCUCUGAUCCAUGCCCUGCUCCGGGCUGGAGAGAAGGAGGACGUGGCUGAGCCAGCUACCUGUGCCCUGCGCCACCUCACCAGCCGCCACCCAGAAGCAGAGUUGGCCCAGAAUGCCGUCCGCACACACUACGGCAUCCCCGCCAUCGUCAAAUGCCUCAACAAGCCUUACUACUGGCCUGUGGUCAAGGCUGUGGUUGGCUUGAUCCGUAACCUGGCGCUGUGCCCAACCAAUCAGGCGCCUCUUAGAGAUGCGGAUGCCAUUCCCAAACUGGUCAAUCUGCUCAUAAAUGCCCACCAGGAUGCUCAAAAGCACGGCUCAGCCAGCCAGCAAACAUAUCAGGAUGGUGUACGAAUGGAGGAGAUCGUGGAAGGCUGCACAGGGGCGCUUCACAUCAUGGCCAGAGACCCUGUCAAUAGAGGUGUCAUCGCCGACAUGAACACCAUCCCACUGUUUGUGCAGCUGCUCUACUCCCCUGUGGAUAAUAUAAAGCGAGUGGCUGCCGGUGUGCUAUGUGAGCUGGCUCUGGAUAAACAGUCAGCUGUGGCCAUUGAUAGUGAGGGAGCCUGUGCUCCACUCAUGGAGCUGCUGCACUCAAGCAACGAGGGCAUUGCUACGUAUGCAGCUGCUGUGCUUUUCCGCAUCUCUGAGGACAAAAACGCAGACUACAAGAAGCGUGUGUCUGUGGAGCUCACCCACUCUCUAUUCAAACAUGACCCUGCGGCGUGGGACAUGGCUCACAGCAAUGCAGUGAUGGACCCUGGAUUUGGACCAGAGGAUAUCGAACUUCGCUUUGGUGGACCUGUCAUGUAUGAUCAUAUGGGAGACCUUGACAUGCCUGAUGAUUACCCACAAGGCUUUGACUCAAUGCAGAGAGCCUUUGAUGCCUGUUAACAGAAUGGUUUUUCUUCAGAAUGGGAACAAUAAUGAAAUGAAUACUUCAAGACAGAGUUGCCCUGCAGAGCCUUUCACCAGCUGGUUUGCUGUGGCUCACGCUUUCCUCAGCUGGAUUGGGUCUGCACACACACUGCUGUACUAUAUGCAAUCAUCACUGUGUUGUGAGGGACAUAAUCCAGUUUUACUUAACACUGCCUUCUCAUGAAAACGAUGGCAUACAUCAUCUUACUUUUUUUCUUCUUUUGUGUAGAAAAUGUAUUAUUGGGCUCUUAUUGGGGCAGUGUGUCAACACAUUGAUGGCAAGAAGACUGGUGAAACUGCCAAAGAGAUUUUAUUGAGUUAUUGUAUUUGAUAAUCAUGCUUUUUAUUUUUUUUUACUGUACUUUCAAUUGUGGAAAAUGCUCCCAGCACUGAGACUGAAGAGUUCAAAUCAACUGACCUUCAUUUCAGGCUUUUAGCUUUGUCCACGAUGGCUUUAGUCACAUAAUUGCCUGAAAUUGGUUUUACAAGGACCUAAAAAUUGGGAAUCAUCAGCUUCUAUGUUUAUUGCUAACUAUUCAAUACUGUAGUUUUGUUAACCCCCUUCCAAGCCUGACUUGUAAAAGAACGUCACAAUAUAGAGCAUUCAGUCAAAGAUGUUAUAUUAUAAACAAGGUUUCAGUGGUCUACAGAAGUUUAGUGUCUCAAAAUAUCUGCUGAUUAAAUAACAAGUCAAAUAUAAAACUUAGUAUUACUUAUAUAAAACUUAUUUUGCCUUUUCUUGUACAGUAACAAAAAGAACAUUGAAAAUCAUUGUGGAACUGAAUUAUUAGAUUGUUUUAGCUGAUAUUUUAGCAGAGACAGCAUUGAGCUGUCAUCAGUUACUUUGCAGAUUGUCCAGCUGCUGCCUGCAGCACAAAUGCAGCCAAGGGCAGCUCCUGUUCUGUGUAUACACUGGCCUUCUGAGCUAAUGCUUAUUUCUCUGGCACCAUACUUUACCACGUAUCAAUUAAGAUGUACAGACACUCAUGAGGAACAAGUUGUCAACUAUUGUACUUACAGGAUUUUUUUCCUUUUUGCUUUUUACUACAUAAAAAUACAAUAAGGGAUGAACACUAACAUGGUGUAGAACAUUGGAGUUAACCAUAACCAAAGGUUUUACAGUUAACUUGUGGGAAUGUUGAAAAUGACAAGGGAUUGUUUUUAGUCUUUCUACUUCAUACUUUGUAGAAAAAGGAAUAAAACUGGUUACUAACUGAAA